AUGACUCUGCCCCACAGUCCUGGAAAUGCCGGGGAACCUCAAGCCUCGCAGGCCGUGCAGGUCCACAGACUGGAACACAGGCAGGAGGAGGAGCAGAGAGAGGAGCGGCAGCACAGCCUGCACAUGGGUUCUUCUGUGCAGAGGCGGACCUACCGCAGCAGUGAGGAGGAACAGCAGUUCAGCUCCGAAGACUAUGCCCUAGCUGCUGCCCUGGCCCUGACAGCCUCCUCGGAGUUAUCCUGGGAAGCUAAGCUGAGGCGCCAGACCACCACAGUGGAGCUGGAGGAGCGUGGACAGAAGCGGGUGGGCUUUGGCAAUGACUUGGAGCGGAUGGAGAUGGCCUUCCUCCGGACCCAGAGGCUGCUGCGCCAGAGACGCGACUGGAAGGCUCUGCGUCAUCGGACAGAGGAGAAGGUCCGGGAGGCCAAGGAGCUGAUUGAACUGUGCUCUGGCCGGGGCCCUUGGUUCUGGAUCCCGCUUCGUUCGCAUGCCAUCUGGGAGCACACCACCGUACUGCUGACCUGCACCGUCCAGGGUUCACCUCCGUUCCAGGUCACCUGGUACAAGAAUGACAUCCGGAUCGAUCCCCGCCUCUUUCCACCCGGAAAGUACCGAAUCACCAACAACUACGGGCUGCUGACCCUGGAAAUCAGGAGAUGCGUGGUUGAAGACUCAGGCACCUACACUGUGCUGGUGAAGAAUGCCUACGGUCAGGCCUCUUCCUUCGCCAAAGUCCUCAUCCGAUCUUACCUUGAGAAAGAUGCCGGCUUCGAUUCAGACAUCUUUAAACGAUCUAUGUUCGGCCCAAGCGUGGAGUUUACAUCAGUGUUGAAGCCCAUCUUUGCCCGAGAGAAAGAGCCCUUCUCCCUGACCUGUUUGUUCUCGGACGAUGUGUUAGAAGCCGAGCAGAGAAUCCAGUGGUUCAGAGACGGCAGGCUCCUGAGAUCUUCAACACGCAGGCAGAUACUCUAUGCAGACCGCCAGGCAUUCGUGAAGGUGUCCUGUGCCUACAAGGAGGAUGAGGGGCUCUACACGGUCCGAGUCUCCUCCCCCUUUGGGCCGCAGGAGCAGAGUGCUUAUGUCUUUAUAAGAGAUGCUGCAGCUGAGAAGCCAGGAGCACCAGGCUCCCCGCUAAGUGUCCGGUGCCUGAAUGUGCAUAGAGACUGCCUGACCCUGACCUGGGCCCCACCCAGUGACACCCGGGGUAGCAUCAUCACUGGCUACUCCAUCGAGCUGUGCAAGGGUGAUUCAGAGGAGUGGGUGCCCUGCCAUAAGGCCCCUGGGGGAACCUGUCGGUGCCCAAUCCAAGGCCUCACUGAAGGACAGAGCUAUCGAUUCCGUGUGCGCGCCAUCAGCAAGGCCGGCAGCAGUCUCCCUUCCAAGCCUUCAGAAGUAGUUGUCAUGGGUGACCAUGAUGCAAUCCAGAGGAAGACAGAGAUUCCCUUUGACCUGGGCAGCAAGAUCACCAUCAGCAAGAGUGAUUUCGAAGAUGCUGUGACCAUUCCCUCAGCCCCAACCAAUGUCCACGCCAGCGAGAUCAGAGAGGCCUACGCAGUUCUGAGCUGGGAGGAGCCACGUCCCCGCGGCAGAGCCCCACUGACUUACUCUCUGGAAAAGUCCAUCAUAGGCAGUGGAACCUGGGAGGCCAUCAGCUCAGAGACACCCAUCAAGUCCCCGAGAUUCGCCCUCCUGGACUUGGAGAAGGGGAAAUCGUAUGUCUUCAGAGUGCGAGCCUUGAACCAGUAUGGCAUGAGCGAUCCCUCAGAACCCAGCGAGCCCAUUGCCCUGAAGGGCAAGCCAGUGACCCUCCCUCCUCCAGCUCAAGUCCAAGCUUUCAGAGACACGCAGACCUCUGUCUCCCUUACCUGGGAGCCUGUGGAGGGCGGCACAGAACUCCUGGGUUAUUACAUCUACUCCCGGGAAGCAGGGGCAUCAGAGUGGCAAACAGUGAACAACAAGCCCAUCCUGGACACCAAGUUCUCGGUUCCGGGACUGAGGACCGGAAAGGAGUAUGAAUUUUGCAUCAGGUCGGUCAGCGAGGCUGGGGUUGGCGAGAGUUCGGCUGUGACACAACCCAUCAGGGUCAAGCAGGCUCUGGCUACCCCAUCGGCCCCGUAUGACUUUGCACUCCUCUCCUGCGGAAAGAACGAAAUGGUCAUUGGCUGGAAACCCCCCAAGCGGCGGGGAGGUGGCAAGAUCCUGGGCUACUUCAUGGACCAGCAUGAUUCGGAGGAGUCAGACUGGCACCCAGUCAACCAUCAGCCCAUCCCAAGCCGGGUGUGCAAGGUCACCAACCUUCACGAAGGCCAUUUCUAUGAGUUCCGAGCCCGGGCAGUGAACUGGGCAGGUACUGGUGAGCUGUCGGCCCCCAGCAGCCUGUUUGAGUGUAAAGAGUGGACCAUGCCCGAGCCAGGCCCGCCAUAUGAUGUGAGGGUGUCUGAGGUGAAGGCCACCUCAGUGAUGCUGCAGUGGGAACCCCCACUGUAUAUAGGAGUCGGGCCAGUCACAGGCUACCGAGUCAGCUUCCAGGAGAAAGGCUCUGAGGAGUGGAAGCCUGUCACCCCAGACGUCACCUCUGGCACCCAUCUCAGGGUGUCUGACUUGCAGCCAGGAAAGCAAUACAUGUUCCAGAUCCAGGCCGUGAACUCAGCUGGUCUAGGACAACCAUCAGUCCCCACUGACCCUGUGCUCCUGGAAGACAAGCCAGAUGCACGGGAGAUCGAAGUUGGUGUGGACGAAGAGGGCCGUAUCUACUUGGCUUUCGAAGCCCCCGAAGCUCCUGACUUCUCUGAGUUUCAGUGGUCAAAGGAUUACAAGGGUCCACCUGACCCACAGAGGGUGGAGGUGGAGGACGAAAUUACCAAGUCCAAGGUCAUCUUGAAAGAACCUGACCUUCAGGACUUAGGUGUUUACUCAGUGGUGGUCCCCGAUGCUGAUGAAGACACCUCUGCAAGCCACACACUGACAGAGGAAGAGUUGAACAAGCUGAAGAAGUUGAGUCAUGAGAUCAGAAACCCAGUCGUCAAGCUGAUCUCUGGCUGGAAUGUAGACAUCCUCGAGCAAGGCGAGGUGCGGCUCUGGCUGGAGGUGGAGAAGCUGUCACCGGCCGCGGAGUUGCACCUCAUCUUCAAUGAGAAGGAGAUCUUCAGCUCACCGGUAAAUGAGUUUGACAAGCUGCUAAGGAAGGCAGACGCAACGAGAAGAGACUGGAAGCGAAAGCAGGGUCCCUAUUUCCAGGAGCCUUUGAAGUGGAAAGUCACCGAGGACUGCCAAGUGCUUCUGACGUGCAAGGUGACCAACACCAAGAAGGAGACUCGUUUUCAGUGGUUCUUCCAAAAAAAAGACGCCCCCAGUGGGCAGUACGACCCGCAGACAGGAGCCGGACUUCUCUGCAUUGAAGCGUUUUCCAAAGAAGACCAGGGACUCUACAGAGCAGUGGUGUCUGACGACAGAGGGGAAGAUGACACCAUCCUGGACCUCACGGGGGAAGGCCUGGACGCUGUCCUCACUGAGCUGGGCAGGAUUGGUGCUCUCUCGGCAACCCCACUGAAAAUCCAGGGGACUGAAGAGGGGAUCCGGCUCUUCAGCAAGGUCAAAUUCUACCAUAUGGAGUACAUGAAGACCACUUGGUUCCACAAAGACAAGCGUCUGGAGAGUGGUGACCGGGUGCGGGCGGGCACCACCCUGGAUGAGAUCUGGCUCCACAUCCUGGACCCCAAGGACUCAGACAAGGGCAAAUACACCCUGGAGAUAACUGCCGGGAAGGAAGCCCGGCAGCUCUCAGCAGAUCUGUCUGGGCAAGCUUUUGAUGACGCCCUGGCAGAGCACCAGAGACUGAAGGCCUUGGCUGUCAUUGAGAAGAAUCGGGCCAAGGUGGUGAGGGGCCUGCCAGAUGUGGCCACCAUCAUGGAAGAUAAGACCCUGUGCCUGACCUGCGUCAUCUCAGGAGACCCAUCCCCUGAAAUCUCUUGGCUAAAGAAUGACCAGCCUGUCUCCUUCCUUGACCGGUACCACAUGGAGGUGAAGGGUACUGAGGUCACCAUCACCAUUGAAAAGGUCACCAGUGAAGACAGCGGGCGCUAUGGAAUCUUUGUCAAGAACAAGUAUGGCUCAGAAACAGGCCAGGUCACCAUCAGCGUGUUCAAACACGGGGAAGAGCCCAAGGAGCUGAAGAAGAUGUAAUGGGAGUGACCAGGGCCAGUCUGAGAUCCACCUGCCAUGGACCAGCAAGCCAGCCAGUGGGUCAUAACUUAGCACAGCCUAUGGGGUGGCACAGGGGAAGGGACAAGGACAUAA